CUAAAGGGUCGGCGACGCGCAAGUGAUCUGGAGUUGCAAGCGUUCAUAGGUUACGGUGAUUGCUUACCAUCAAGGGGCUGUAUGCUUGUUUGCUACCAUAUGGUUUAAAAAAAUUGGUGAGAUGAAAAACCACCCAUAUUUUACUCCUAACAAUCUUCACUAGCAAAGCGUUAUGGCUGCGAGAAUGAUGACAUAGUUAUAGUAGGUCCUUUCUCAUUGAUAAUCAUUUGUUUUUUCAUGACUUGGCCUCACUUUGAUGAUUCAUAGCAUAGCAGUGACAGCUCAUUCGUUCUCGUUGUUCAAAUAACAGUUUUAACUCGCAUAUCAUAAACCUUAUUGCAAAAGAAUAAAAAUCGUUGAUCAAAGAGUGUUGCUGUAUAAAAUACCCUUUCAAAAAGUUAACAACAAUAACCGUACGUCGUAUUGAGCACCAGUGCGAGAAAAAACGAAAACACUAUGUUAUGUACUCUAAAAUCGUGGAAUUCGCUGCCAUCCUGUCCCCAUUCAUAAACCCGCCCAGUGCAAGGCAACUGUUGCAUCUUGCGUUUCAAACGUGUCUGUGUGUGUAUUUGUAUACUUUCGCGAACGGUCGAGAUGGCGCAGGUAAACACCGCCAGGUGUUGCCAGUUGUUGAAUAUCCCUGCAACUAUGGUUAUAAUCUCCGUGUGCUGGGUCGCCGGAGCCGGCGUGGGUUUCCUGCCGCUGCUGGGCUGGCACGCGGCCGUUGACCCCGAUGUCGGCUGUUAUUUCGUCGAGGUUAUGGAUUACAACUUUCUGCUGUUCCUGUAUUUCGCCACAAUCAUGACACCUAGUGUACUCCUGGCAGCCUUCUACGCGCACAUCUACCGCGUCGUGGUCAAACAGUUGAGCGAGGUUAUGACGGUGCAGGGAACCAAUGGGCGCGUCACGGGCGGGACCAUGCUGCGGGUCCUCGGCGCGGCGCAGAAGCGCGAGGUCAAGGCCACGCAGAACCUCGCCGUCAUCGUCUUCUUCUUCAUGGUCUGCUGGAUCCCCCUCUACACCAUCAACGCCAUCAAUGCCUUUAAACCAGAUCUCCACAUUCCAAAUCUCCUCACGGACUUUUGCAUUAUUCUAUCCCAUCUCAACUCCGCUAUCAAUCCACUCCUUUACGCAUACCACCUCAAAGACUUCCGAGCGGCGUUGAAAGGACUGAUAUGUACAAUACUAGGACGAGGAGGACCAAUCCCACCUGGGUACAGACCACCAGUUCCAAUUAGACGACCGGCGUUAGAAAGAUGCAACGCUUUAAGAGAGAGGCCUAGAAUUUAUGUGAACUCACCGGUUUGGCUUCGUCAGAAAGAAGCGGAGUUAGCUGCGGUGCAGCAAGCUAACAAAGCGAUAGUUCCGGCGACAGCAGAUAUGGAGCCGUUUUUAAAUAAGACCGUCGCUGAAAGUUCCAGCGGGCGGCACACGCCAGAGGGCCGAGAAAGCGAAGGCAGUCCUUACCUCAUAGAAAACGAUCAGGAGAGAUGUCAGAGCCCGUACAGACGGGUAGAGGAGCUCCUCCGCAGAGUGCGCAGCGUCAACUCCGACCACAGCUGACACGAGUCGUGCCGGGACCGCCCGGCCUACAGUUUCUCCUGAACUCAAAGCUUUAAAGCCACGAAGGCGACCUAUUCCAAAGAAUACGACUGCUAUGAGCAGAUUUACUUUUACGGCUGUCAACAUGAUCUAUAUUUAUAAGAAAUUUACUAUUAGCUGAAGUCAUAUUUUUAGAUAUUAAAACGAGAUUUUUCUAGUACAACGUAAAAUCUAUGUGAGUAGAUGUUAUUGCAAAUAUGUUGCAGUGCAAGAAUGGACAUUAUAUUUAAUUAUCUAAUGUUGCUGUUAUGCUUGUCCUGAGAGAAUCGGUCAAUUGUAAUGUUGCUUGUUAAUUAAACAUGCAGUAA